AUGGCAUUCUUAAUCUUCAAAUCUCAACCUCCUUACAACACCAUCACCACAAUCUCCAACCUCACUUCUUCAAACCCAAUAGACCUUGCAAGAAUCAAUGAUGUCACUACUUCACACACAAUGUUCCAAAUUGGUAAAGAGGUUAUUGUCCCUUUGAAAUGCUCUUGUUCUUCAAUGAAGGACACCAAGUAUUACUAUUACCAAUCCAAAACCAAACAUGUCUUGGGUGCAAUUUUGCCACAAACAACAUAUUUCAAUGUUGCAAAUGAAACUUUCCAAGGCUUAACCACUUGUGAUUCCCUAAAGAGGUUCAAUCCUUAUCCGGAGCUCGAUUUGCGCGCCGGCAUGGAGUUGAAUGUUCCAUUAAGGUGUGCUUGUCCAACAUGGAAUCAAGAAAGAAAUGGCACCAAGUAUUUGAUGACUUAUUCUGUGAAUUGGGGUGACACCAUUUCUAGCAUUGCAUCAAGAUUCAAUGCAACAAUACAGAAUAUUCUUGAAGCCAAUGGUAUUUCCAUGGAAACUACAAUUUUUCCAUUCACAACUCUUCUGAUUCCUUUGCCAAGUGAACCACUGAGUUCAUCAACAAUCAUAGUUGCCAAUGUUCCACCAUAUGAUUCUACUUCACCACAUGCCAAAACCGGUUCCAAAGGGAUCGAGUUAAAGAUACUAGUAAUAUUCAAUAUAGUUCUUGCUGCUAUAUUGAUUCUGAGCAUCAUGUUAUCUCUAGUGUCUUUGAUGGGAAAGAUAUCAGAAAGAUUCAUCAAGGCAGGCAAAAUCCAUAAGAGAAAUAGUGCAAUUUCAGAAGAUAUCCGCGUCGAAAUAGUGAGCAUUGAUGUGAACUAUUCCAAAUUGUACAAGUUUGAGGAAAUCAAGGAUGCUACCGAAAAUUUCAGUUCAAGGAACAGAAUCAAAGGUUCUGUAUUUCACGGCGAAUUCGGUAACAAAAGGGAAGGUUUUGCUGUCAAAAGAAGAAUAAAUAAAGGGUAUGCUUCAAAGGAAAUAAAUUUGCUUAGAAGAAUCAAUCAUUUCAACUUAAUCAAGCUUCAAGGGUAUUGUGAAAAUGAAGAUUUGUUCUAUCUUGUGUUUGAAUUCAUGGAAAAUGGUUCCUUAAGAGAAUGGCUUAGUAGUGAAGAAAACUCAUUUUUGCAUAAAAGUUGGUCAAACAGGAUUCAAAUUGCUUUGGAUAUUGCAAAUGGACUUCAAUAUCUUCACAACUUCACAUAUCCUUGUUAUGUUCACAAUGGUAUUAACAGUGGAAACAUUCUUCUAAACAAAGAUCUAAGGGCAAAGAUAGCAAAUUUUUCUCUAGCAGAAGAAUUAUUAGAAAGGAGAAUGAUAAUAAGUUCAAGUUCUUCUCACACUUCAGAUGAUGUUUAUGCCUUUGGAGUGGUACUUUUGGAAUUGAUCACUGGCAAAGAAUGUGUUACACUGCAUGGUUUAUCAAGAGAAGGAAUAAUAAUGGUUUCUAGGAUCAUGAUGAAUAAUCUCAUUGGCAAGGAGCAUGAAGAAGAGAAGUUGAGUUUUUUCUUUGAUCCAAGGCUCAUUGGAAACAUUGAGAGAAAAAGUGCUUUGAUGCUAGUUAAGCUAAGUUUAGCUUGCUUGAAUCAAGAAUCAGAAAGUAGACCAAACAUGUCAGAGGUGGUCUCUACCUUGUGGAAAACACUUUCUGAGUCCCAUAAUAAUUGUUGGAGUGAGAAAAUUGUCAUGUUGAAAUGUUAAUAAAUGUGUGCAGAAUUUAUGUCUA